UUCUCAGCAAUCUCCAAUGCCAAUCUUGAUAUCCUUGUUAAGACCUUCAAGAUAUAUAAACCAGAUUCUGGCCUUCGUUACCUAGUCGGCUUUUUGAGAGCCCAUAGUGUUCGUGUUCCACGGCAUCGAAUGAGAAGCUUGAUGCAUAGAGUCGACAUGAUUGGUCAGAUGUUGCGGCAACGCAAAGUGAUUGCACGACGGAAAUAUGCUGUGCCACGGUGUCAUGCAUAG